CAGAUGCGGUAGAAUUCGGCGGCUACCGCGAAACGGAAAAUUUUCUUUACAACCGUAAUAAUAGUUAGGGGUGCACCAGAAACUAGUAUUUGCUAAUGAACGUUCCCCUGUGCAAUCAAAGCAACCUGUUCGGGCACCUUAACUACUGGUGCGUGAUGUUUUGGCCCUGCCUACUGGGAGUUGCCGUCGGACCGAAGCUUCCUCGACAACAUCUGCGAUUGGAGGGCAUCACCUUCUUCAACAUGAUGAUAGAAACCAUGAUCCGGAAGAGUCGGUGGACUUUUGUUCAAUACCUACGGACAUCGAAAGCGUUUGGAACAUUCUGCUUUAUGAUUUUCAGUUCAGUCAUAAUGGCGAAGCUUGAUACUGGAAUAGUGAAACAAUUCUGGUUGAUCAACCCAACACUACAGGAUUCACAAAAAGGCACCUGCGUUCACGACAAAUCCUGCGCUGACCAUCUGUUCGAUGGACUUCUGAAGUACGGUUCCAUCGGACUUAUCCUGGAGACAACACGGGCUAUCCUCGCCAAAUUCUCGUUUCUCAUAUCAAACCGUCCGCAAUUCAUCCGAGAGUUCCGGCAAAUUUGGAACUUGAAAUUGGCACUCUUCUUGGCAGCGUACGUUGGAAUCUAUCGAAGCACGAGCUGCAUGUUGACGCACUUUAAUCUGGCCGGUAGACCGGUAGUUGCUGGAUUUUUGGCUGGGUGGGCCUACGCGUUGUAUCCAAAAUAUCAGAUCUUCACGCUGGCGCUUACCAAGGCGAUUGAGAUGUCCUGGGAGCACUGGAUCAAAACGAAUCGCAACCUUCCCGACUGGGUGCAGCGCUUCUCCCGCCUUCCGUUUGUCUACCUAGCGCAGAUCGUAUCCUUCGGCUACCUCGGGCACAUCUACGCCUUCCAUCCGCAUCUUUCGCCGUCGUUCCACGUCAAGGCGAUGGACGUCUGCUCGAAAAAUCUCACGCUGAACAUGCGCCGGACGUUGAUCGGGUGGUUCGGUGGACAUCCUAGGGAGCCGGCUUGGUAAAUGUGACGGGGUGUCACAAUGUUCAAUAUGAAUAAAAACUAAACAACGAAAAAAAAAGUGAUUCAAACGACCAUUAAAUAAAGUUAAAAAAUUAUGAACGAA